AUCAAAAUCUUGUUCCUCAUCAAGUUUCCCUCUCAAAAUCAUCCAUUUUCUUGUAAAACAAACACACUGCGUUUCAAUUUCUUAUUCGUCGAUGGCUCGCACCAAGCAAACAGCAAGGAAAUCAACAGGAGGGAAGGCUCCGCGGAAGCAGCUGGCUACAAAAGCUGCUCGGAAAUCUGCUCCGGCGACGGGAGGAGUAAAGAAACCUCACCGUUUCAGGCCAGGGACAGUGGCACUGAGAGAGAUCAGGAAGUAUCAAAAGAGUACUGAGCUUUUGAUUCGAAAGCUUCCGUUUCAGAGGCUGGUGAGAGAAAUCGCUCAGGAUUUUAAAACCGAUCUUAGGUUCCAAAGCAGUGCUGUUGCUGCGCUUCAAGAAGCUGCCGAGGCAUACUUGGUGGGGCUUUUCGAGGAUACCAAUCUCUGUGCUAUUCAUGCCAAGAGAGUUACCAUUAUGCCUAAGGAUAUUCAAUUAGCUCGCAGGAUUAGGGGUGAAAGGGCAUAAAUUUUCUUUCUUUGGUCUAUUAGUAUUACCUCUAUUUCUAAUUUUCCCUCUAAAUCUUUAUCUAGUGCUAAUUUCUUUGUAUUUUUGGUACUGGUUGCUUGUAGUUGCUUAUGUAAAUUUACAGAGAUUCAAUUUAAAUUUUGAAUUUUGCUCACGCAAAUUUAUAA